GUAUUUGACCCGCGGUAUGUAUGUGUGUCCUGCAGUUGAUCGCGCAGUUGUUUGAUGAUAAAAUGUUUCAUUCUUGAGUCACACCUCCUCGGCGUGCGUGUGCAUGUGUAUGUGUUGGGGGUGGGAGCUCGCAUCCCGGUUGUAGCUGCAGUAGACACCAGGAGAGAGAGAGGAGAGGAAGAUACGAUUUGGUUAUUACAUUACCCGACAUAAAGAUUGACACCUGAGACAACAGAGAACACUUCUAUAUCACCAUGAGGAACUGCUGACCCCCCCCCCUCAUCUGACUACCAGAGAGAAGACACUUUCUUCCUCCCAUCCUCUCUCCCACUCAGCCCGUCUUCACAAGGAUAAACGUUAUUUACGAGAGUGGGAAAGGUGAACGCCGGAGGAUAAAAUAGAAAAAAAGCUAAAGCCCUCUCUUGACCCUUGACCUCUAACCACUGACCUGUGACCUCAGUAUGUCAGGUCUGCGUGGUAAGCUGCAGCGUGUCCAGUGGCGGGCAGGAUGGCACUCCUUCACCUCCAGAGUCCUCAGGACCAAACCAGUAGAGAGCAUGUUGGACUCUGGGACAGGUGGUACCAGCAGCCAUGGCACCAAACUAGCGAGGGUGUUGUCCACGGUAGACCUGGUGUCACUAGGGGUGGGCAGCUGCGUUGGCACGGGGAUGUACGUGGUCUCUGGGCUGGUUGCUAAGGAGAUGGCCGGACCUGGCGUCAUCGUCUCCUUCAUCAUCGCUGCUGUCGCCUCUAUACUGUCAGGAGUGUGUUAUGCUGAAUUUGGGGUUCGCGUUCCCAAGACAACAGGCUCAGCCUACACCUACAGCUACGUGACAGUGGGGGAGUGUGUGGCCUUUUUCAUUGGCUGGAACCUGAUCCUGGAGUACCUGAUUGGUACAGCCGCGGGGGCGUCGGCUCUCAGCAGUAUGGCGGACUCACUAGCCAAUAAAAGCAUCUCUACGUUUAUGACUACACACAUCGGAACACUCAACGGCCUGGGUAAAGGAGAGCAGUCGUACCCAGACCUCCUGGCCCUGCUAAUCGCAGUAAUAGUGACAGUGAUCGUGGCCCUGGGAGUGAAGAACUCAGUAGGGUUUAAUAAUGUGUUGAAUGUGAUCAACCUGAUGGUGUGGGUCUUCAUGAUGGUGGCCGGACUCUUCUUCGUUAACGGACACAACUGGGACGAUGGAAGGUUCUUACCCUUCGGGUGGUCAGGGGUGAUGCAGGGAGCGGCAACAUGUUUCUAUGCCUUCAUAGGGUUUGACAUCAUCGCUACAACAGGAGAGGAAGCCAAGAGCCCCAACACCUCUAUACCCUAUGCUAUUACUGUUUCCCUCAUCACCUGCCUUACUGCAUACGUCUCUGUAUCAGUGAUUCUGACUCUGAUGGUUCCCUAUACAGAGAUCGAUGCAGACGCUCCUCUGAUGGAGAUGUUUGCUGUACAUGGCUGUUAUUUUGCUAAGUACAUAGUAGCAGUAGGCUCUGUAGCUGGCCUAUCUGUCAGUCUCCUGGGCUCUCUGUUCCCCAUGCCACGAGUAAUCUACGCUAUGGCUGGAGACGGACUGCUGUUCAGGUUCCUGGCCCAUGUGUCUCCCUACACUGAGACUCCAGCGGUGGCAUGUGUUGUGUCUGGCUGUCUGGCUGCUCUCCUCUCUCUCCUCGUCUCCCUGCGAGAUCUCAUAGAGAUGAUGUCCAUAGGAACACUACUGGCUUACACACUGGUUAGUGUGUGUGUGUUGUUGCUACGCUACCAGCCAGAAUCAGAUAUCCACGGCUUUGUGAACUUCCUGUCUGAGGAGCAGUCCAAUAAGAAGAAGGAGGGCGUGUUAGCUGAGUGUGAGAAGGAAGUGUGCUCUCCAAUCAGUGAAGUAGAUGACUACGGAGGACCUCAAACUAACACCUGUGGAGCUAAGAAUCUCCCCUCGCUAGGCGACAACGAGAUGCUGAUUGGUAAACCAGAUAAAACCACUUACACUGCCAGCCACCCGAACUACGGCACCGUCGACAUGGGCUCCGGCAUCGAAUCAGAAGAGUCAGAGGGCGGGAUGUCGUGGAGACUGAAGAAGCUGAUUGGUCCGCGGUACUACACCAUGAGGAUCCGAUUGGGCCUGCCUGGGAAGAUGGACCGGCCCACUCCGGCAACAGGAAAGACAGUUACUGUCUGUGUCCUCCUCCUCUUCCUCGUAGUCUUCAUCUUCAACUCCUUCAUCAUCUUCGGAGCGGCCAGCAUCGGUGAUGGCAGCUGGUGGGCUCUUCUCCUGCUGAUCUUCCUGGUCAUCUUCAUGGCCCUCCUCAUCGUCAUCAUCCUGCAGCAGCCAGAGAACCCGAAGCGACUGCCCUACAUGGCUCCGGCUGUUCCCUGGGUUCCUGCUGCUGCCAUGCUGGUCAACAGCUACCUGAUGUUAAAACUGUCUGCCAUCACCUGGAUACGCUUCGCUGUCUGGUGUUUCCUAGGUAUCCUGAUCUACUUUGGUUAUGGGAUGUGGAACAGUACUUUGGAGAUCAGGUCCAGGGAGCAGGAGGUCCAUGCGUCUACAUACCAGCGCUACGAUGGUCACCAUGCCGGGGUGGACGACGGCUUCUCAGGCUUCAGCGUUGACGACGACCUCUACCCCCCUAGCAACAACGACCCCUGGGCCGCACCAGACGGUGUUGACGGGUCAGGGCUGGUACCCCCCAAGGCUGAUGAUGAUGAUUGGACGGUUCCGAAGGGAGGAGCUAAGAGAGCGCUAGCGGAGGAGGACCCAGUGGAUUUCUGAGAA